CUACCGCUGGUCAUCAGUCACACCUCUACAUCUCAACUAUCAUGCCGAAGCUCACGCCGAAGCAACAGCAGAAGAAGCUGCGUAGGCACAACCCUAUAGCUCGGACAACGACUGCGUCUGGCAGUGCAGCGGUCGCCAGCAAUAGCUCACAGCUGGGACAGCAGGAGGAUGUCAUCCCAGUCAUCAACAGCCUGCCCCUCACAUCGUCUCCCUCAGCGCCUGUGUCGCUUGAAGAAGAUGAAAAGGUCCACAGGGCGCUCUUGUCUCUCAACCCUUUGCUCCUUACAAAGACAUCCAGGGUCGCGCUGUUAGCGCCGAAGCACAUGCUCUUGCAGCGCCUGCUUCAUCACCUCGACCACCACCGGCUAGAGGUCCGCAAGGAAGCCGCUGGAUGUCUUCGCAACCUCUGUGUAGAGGGUCAAUGGAGCGGCAGGGAGCAGGUAUGGAAUUUGGGAGGCGGCGCGACAGCUCUCGCUCAGAUUCAGUACGCUGCUGAAGAGCUAGGGCUGCUGCCAAAGACAGAUCGAGCGCAGGUAGUCUCUCAGACUGUUCCCGAGGCGGUCGGCGCCGCCAAAAAGUCAGAGGAGAUGAACAGGAAAGAGCGUAGACAGGCAGCCAAGGCAAACAAGACCAGCGGAGGCGCUGCCGCCACACCAGAUUCUGUGGCACCUGCAAUCGCUACACCUGCCUCGGCAGCAGCCGAAGCCGAUGCGCACGACCUACAUCUCCUGCAUUUGAGCCUGCUCGAGAAUCAUCUCACCAUCAUCUGGUGUCUGCUUGAGACAGUCACUUCUCCGCUCUGGCUCACACAGCUCAACAAGUCAAUCCUCGGUGGCCUGCUGUGCUCCGCUAUCGCUCGUGGGGCCAGUGCCUACACCGGACAAGCCUCUUCUACCGGCAAGAUCACGCAGAAGGAGCGAGACGAGAUCAAGAACGCCGAGCUUGACGUAGCUCUUACAGCAGCCAAUGUCUUGGCUACCUGGAUCGAGGACAAUGCGGCCGCUUCCGCCUCGCUCGUCGGGCUUCCCGUAGACUUAGCAGAGCAGGUAGUGGCCUUUGAGCAAGGAGGCAACAGCAGUGCGCCGGGUACCAAGAGCAGGAAAAGGCUCGAGACGAUCUUGGACAAGUUCGGGUCAAUCUCAAGCAAGCAAGCAAGCGCAGGCAAAGCGAGACUGGACCAAAUGGCCUCGGCUGCCAGUCUGCUCAGCACCACCAGGAUGAGCUCCCCAGAGGACGUGCAGCGUUUGAACCUUGGACUGCUAGCUCUCGCUUCUUGCUCAAACAUUCUGACGGCCCUACCCGCCGCCAUUCGCGCAUGGGUCCCUGCACCGGCUUCGGCUACCUCCAGCUGCAAGACACUCAUGCAAUGGCAGGUCAGCGAAGCCACCCCUCUGCUCCUGCAGUUCCUCAACAACAAUGGCUCGUCCCAGCUUUGGACGGCGAGCGCGAAGUCGUCUUUAGCGAGCGGAGGAGAGGAGAAGCAAAAGCUGCAGGCCGAGAGUGGCAUGGACGUUGAUGUCCAGCGUGAUGGCAAUGGGGAGGACGCCCAGGAUGAGGGUGAGGAUGCUCCUGCCUCGUCCUUGACUACACGAAAGGUGGACACAAUGACUCUUGCGAUGGAGCUGCUGGGCGAGAUUUGCACAGAGGCCGGAUCUGAGGACGUAUCUCUACUCCCUGGCUCAACAUUAGGCGAUGGCGACUCCGAAGAUGAUGGCGAAGACAUGGAAGAAGACGAUGACGGGGACCGCGAGGGAAGCGAAGAUACGCUGGACUCAGAGCAGGAGCAGGAGAUGCUCAUGCUCACAGAAGCGGACCGCGCAGGCGCAAGCGAAGGCAAAGACGACGAUGGAGACCUCUCAAUGGAGGUCAGCGCUAGCAAGCCUUCCAAUGUGAACGGGACACCGUCCAAGUCGAAGAAUGGUAGCGGCGGUAGCAGAAGGAAGUGGGAGUCACCCUACUCGACCCUAUUCGUACACCACAAAGUCGCUGCUGCGAUUCUGGACAUCCUGUCUGCUCAAGCAGCAGUCGAGAGCGAAUUCACUGGAACUUCCCUUUCCUCAAGGGACUUCACUCUUGCAAGUCAUAGCACAUUAGCGAGCCUGCUUUCGGCUAUCGCGUCCUACGGACAGCCACCUCCGACACACCCGCUCGAGGAGGGCUCCAGGAAAGAGCGCCAGGUGCGCCUCUUCCAAAAGUGGGUCGCAGAGCAGAGUGAGAGCGUAAGAAUGGUUUGGAGCGGCCUGAUGCCAUGGGCCGAACGGGUGCAGACUGCUCUCGCAGCUCCAGGCGCCGCUCCCGAAGCCGCGCAAUGGUCGAGUGCGGUUGCUCAGCCGAUCUGGACAAGUCUGAAUGCCCUCGUGGUGAUGCACGAAGGCCUUGAAGUGCUGCCUAUCUCGCUGAGCGGAGGCCAGGACGGCCAGUCGGACAUAGAAAGGAUCUUUACGACUCCUCUAAUGACCAUGAUGAGCUAUAAAGGCCCAGAGGGCGCACAUGCGGCACAAGCAGCCUCGCUCAUCAUCUCCACUUUGGCCUACCACGCCCGCAUCCCCGUCCUGGCCAUUGCUGAUGCAGGGGCUCAGCAGCUUUCUUUAUUGGAGAGGAACAAGUUCGCAGCAGAUUGCUUCCUCUCCAUACUUGCCCUCUACACUUCUCCCUCCUCCGCUGGUGCUGGUGUUGGCAGUGCUUCGCAACCAAGCGAAAUCCUCCCCCUCCUCGCCACACUCAAUGCCCUCAUCGAUCUCUACGCCGACGAGACUUCUACAUGGGACGAGCCCAUCUUCCGCUCGUACCAUCUCCUUGGUAAGCUACAGAGCCUCACACGCGCAGAGGCUGGUGGAAGGGUGAUCAGGGAGCGUAUUAGGGCUAUUGACAAGAGGCGAGAGGAGGCAUUGAGGAGUAUGGCUGAGGAGACGUGGGAGAAUUGGGGAGCUUGGGUUGGGUAUAGGGUUGGGCUUGGAUUGGGGGAGUGAAGGGAGGGAAAGUGCAAGAGGAGGUGAGGGACUUGUAUGAUAGCAGAGAAGGGGCAUGCAGAGGUACAAUCG